GCACAUCAUAAAAAAAAGAUCAACAUGUGAUCAAAUUACCAAAAACGCAGAAUAUUUUAUUAAUUUGUCGGGGUUCGUCUGACUUUAUUGACCUAAAAAACAUCAUUUAAAUUCGAAAUUGGCUUAAACCUAAAAACAGGUUGUUAUAAACAGCAAUUUUCUCGUCUCGUGGUUUGGUGAAUACGUAUUUUGUUACAAACACGUGAGGAUGUGUGGUUAUAUUGUAUUGUUUGUAUUAUGUGCUGCGGCAGGUAAUGAAGUAUUUUCAAGGGAAAUCACUAGAUCUAAAACACACAACUUGAACUUCGAAGAUGGCUGGGACUGGGCAUGGGGUUAUUUUGAUUUUGAAGAUAUAAAUCCUGAAAUUAGAAGUAACUUGACUGCUGCUAAUUCACUGAGUGUUGUCGCAGUACCAGAAAUAAAAUAUACUUUUGGAUCAGAAAUAAAUCAAUUCGAUUCAAAUAUUUUCACAAAUACGGAAACACGUAUAAUUGAUCCAGAUACUACUUCAUCUACAACAACUCAUACAAUAGUCACAUCAACUACAUCUGAAACUACAACCACAUUUACAUCUAAAAUAUCUGUUCCAUCAACUUCACCCUCAUUAGAAUUAAAAAUUAUAAAUCCUUCAAAUACAUCAAAAACAGAAGCAACUACUAUUGUCGCAGUACCAGAAAUCAAAUAUACUUUUGGACCAGAAAUGAAUCAAUCCGAUUCGAAUAUUAUCACAAAUACGGAAACGCGUAUAAUUGAUCCAGUUACUACUACACCUACAAGAAUUCCAACGAACCCACAAAAAGUACUAGAAAAUAAAACUAUAGAUCCACCGUUUACACCAAUAGUCACAACAACUACAAUUGAAACUACAACCUCAUUUAUACCUAAAAUAUCUGUUCCUUCAACUUCACCCUCAUUAGAACUUAAAAUGGUUAAUCCUUCAAAUACAUCAAAAACAGAAGCAACUAGUACUCAAGUUCCUAUUACAAUAAUGACUACUAGUGAUAUUUCUAUUACAACCAAAGAACCAAUUCUAACUAAAACUGGAAGUGACACUUUAGGUGAAAUAAGAUUGGUAAAUUCUACUGAAGACCCUAAAACAGAAACCACUACCGAACCAAAACCAACAGAGUCUACCACUAAAACACCUAAUGCCUGUGAUCCAUUGCCAGGGAAACCUGAUUUUAGUGCACCUGGACGGAGAAUCAACGAAGAACAAUGUAUGGGUUACGUUUGGGAACUCAAAAAUAGGAUAAAACAGCGCAAAUGGGAUCGUCUGUGUACCAGACAAUUGUUUGUCAAUCAUGCAGUCGGAGGCCGAAAGACGGAAAUUGGGGAAUUUCCACAUAUGGCUGCAAUAGGUUGGAAGGCAGCAGUAGGCACCUGGGUGUUCAAAUGCGGCAGCUCUCUCAUCAGUGCCAAUUUCGUGCUGACCGCUGCUCACUGUGCGAAAGCUUCUGAUAAGGACUCUUCGAUAGCUGAUCCUGUUCCGAAGAUCGUGAGACUUGGUGACAAGAACAUAAUCGAUAGAACUUCAAUUUUUACAUUCCCAACGGACGCAAACAUCAGCAACAUUCUAGUACACCCCCAGUACCAUGCUCCAACGCAGUACUAUGACAUAGCUCUGAUGGAAUUGGAGGAGCCAGUACAGUUCACCAGGUUCAUUCAGCCUGCCUGCUUGUGGAACAGCUUCUCUACUGGCGAGCCUGAUCAUGAAGCCACUCUGACUGGUUGGGGAGUGGUAGAAUCUGGAUCUCGUGACAUUUCGCCAGAGUUGAUGGCAGCUACAGUCAAUGUGUUAGAUUCUGACCAAUGCGAUGUGCUACUUCAUGACGCCCGCAACAGAAACUGGAAAGGCUUUCAAGAUCAUCAACUGUGUGCUGGGAAGCUGGCAGGCGGGGUUGAUUCAUGUCAGGGGGACUCCGGUGGUCCGCUACAAAUGAAGAUGUCGCUUCCCAACGAGAUCACAGAGAAGGAAGGCAACAUGCACUACGUCAUAGGAAUCAUAUCCUUCGGAGUAGGGUGCGCGCAUCCGAACCUUCCCGGUGUGUACACAAGAGUGUCUUCUUUCAUCGACUGGAUUGAGGACAAUGUCUGGAAGAAUGGACACAAUCGGACGUAUGUGGAGCCUCCUCCGUCUGAUAUUAUUAUUGAUGACAAAAACUUUCCCAAAUUAACUUUACUCAGGGGUUAGGUGCUAUACUAAUAUUUUGUAUCGUUGAAAAUAUUUAGUUGUAUUUGUCCAGUAUUUACUUGCUACUAAGAUUAUGAAAUAUAAAAAAAUAAGAUAUUA